AGAGAAAUCCCCAAAUCCCCGUUGGUUCCUUCUUCCUUGCCUAGAUCGUGUGCAGGCAGCAUGGCCGGUCGCCGCCGCCGCCGCCGCCGCCGCCGCCGCGCCAAGAUCGAGCAGCCCUCCGCUGAUUCGCCUCCCAAGACUCCUUCAUCAGGCUCAUCUGGACUAUCAGAGGGACGAGUCGUCUCACGCAAAAUCCCUUCCUCUUCUUCCAAACCCUAUGAGGAGGAAGAGGUGAUCUCUGCCCCCGAGCGGAAGCGCACAGAUCCGCGCGCCCUUAGGCUCAUGCUGCUGAAUCUGAUCCGCACCUACUACGUGGAGGCGCUCUCCCGUCUGCCCUCUAUCCGACUCUGGAGCAAGCACGCCCGUGGCGUCCUUGUCGCCGGCCACUGCUACGGGCCGCUCUCUCCCGUGGACAAUAUCCUCAUCAACGCCAUUUGGUAUGACGCCGCCUUUCCGCGUCGCUCCGCCGCUGACUUUCACUUUGGCGACGUGCUCGAGAUUAGUACCAAAUGCAUGGCCCGCAUCGCUCACCGCUCCCUGGAGGGCCUCAUCGCCUGCCUCCUCCACCUCUAUCCAUCACUCUCCCGCGACGACGCGCUAUGGCACCUCCACCUCUCAAGGGCCGACCUCUCCCAUGCCUCCGCCUCCGCCUCCGGCUCCGGCUCCGGCUCCGACUCCGUCUCCGUCUCGAUGCCCACCCAAGCUGCCUUUCUCAGGGCCGCCGAGGCGGCCCACCAUCCCAUGCCGCGUGCCAUGGCCCUCUUUGCCUCGUCGGUCCUCCCCAAAGUGGAACAUGACGUCCGAAUGCUUCUCUGCAUUAACCAGGCUCUCUCUGUCCUUGACCUCGACCGCCUCUCCGCCAUGCUGGUGCCCUCCCCACUUCCGGGUGACCUCUAUCCCCCUCCCCCACUGGUGACGUCCUGGGUGUCCGCCAUAAUUAAGUCUCGCAUCGAAGGCUGCAAAUAUUCCCAGGAAACCUCACGCCAACUGGUUGAGACUGCACUACACAAAUAUGCUCAGCAAACAGGUCAGCACUACGAGCUUCAUUUCAUCUGUGGCUUGAAUACAUUCAUUCGUCGCGCCAAACCCUUUUGGCACAUCAAUUUCUUGGCACGGCCAAAGGACGCUGCUGGUGAUCUGCCCGCUUACUUCUUCGCCGAAGCAACUGUACCCAUGGGCGAGGAUGACGAAUUCCUCGAGGAGGAUAUCUCUUUGUGCUGCCCAAUCAAACCAGCUGCAAUUGGUGGAUGUAGAGCUUGUACCCUUGAAUACAUGAAGAUCAACCACCCUAUCAACAAAGAACACCAUGGCGGAUUUGAAGACUAUGACGGUGAGAUUGGGAAUGGAGAUGAUCACUGGGAUUAUGGUUUUCCUCUGCUUGUAGACUUCAUCGUGUUCGAUGCUGAGAGGGACUGUGCAACUGUACGUGGUAUAGAGGAGCACUUUCCUCCGAGGCCUGACGGGGAUGAAAGCAUCGAGAAUUUAUGGAUCAUUGAAAUGUGAUAGCAGUUUACAGUAGUAAUUUAUAGUUAUGCUUGUAUAGAACAAUUUGACCGGUGGAGCCUUCAUGAAGAAUGUUGUUUUAAUUCUGCUUUGAUGCUGAUUUGUAAGAUGUAUCUUGUUGGUAUUAUGCUGGUGCCUAGUGCAUGUUGCUAUUAUUAUAAUAUCCUAAAGCAAGAAUUGUAAAUUUACCAAA